AUGGACAGAAUUGGUAAUUUAGAAACCAUUAAAUUUGAUGUGAUGGGCAGAUGCGCUGAAGACUCUGACUUUCAUGGAAUUCGGACUCUCCUUUCUUCUCAGCUCCUACCCCACACUGAUGUUGAUGUCAGCAAUUUGACCGACCUGGUCAUUGAACAAAAUUACGUGGGCAGCGUGAUUGUCGAAGAUUGUGACACCAUGCCAGGGACUGAUGACGAUGACGACGAUGAUGAUACUUUGGAAGAGAUCACCCUUCUCGGUGUAACAACUGUGGUGUCACUUGCUGAGCGUGAACGUUUUCCAUGUGUAAAACAGCUCAAGGAACUGCUACUUACACUGGCUGAGAAACAUGGUAGAAAUGAUGCACUCAUUGCAAAUCUCCUCGCUGAGAAGCCUUGCAAGUUAGGGCUCUUGAUCAAUGAAAGGUUUGUCAACAUUCCACAAACCAUUGCACCUCCCAUCUUCUUCAAUUUGAAGAAGGAACUGCAAUCGGCAGUAAAUAAGAAGAUGCCAUUUGCCUUCACUCAUUUUGUGCUGAUUGCCAAAAUUAACAAAGUGGAAAUUGAAAAUGAAGUCUUGGACGAGUGGGUGAACGAGGAAGAGGAAUUUCUAAAAGGCAAAACUGAAUAUGAGUUUGAAUUUCCUCUUCAGGCAGAAGAUGCAUCAUCCAUUGACGAGGAAAUGAAGCAGUGUGGGCAAGUCCCUUACAGACGGGUUAUGAUUUUCCCAGCACAUGUAUUUGAGCAUCUGAUCGACACUUUGCGAGCAGGGCAAUAAAUUUUCCAUCAUUAAUAAAA